AAAGGCUGUAGAGGAAGUAGCCGAGAAGCCAUUCUCACCCAAAACUCCCCUCCAUAUAAACCUCCGUCUCUCUCUUUCUUCUCCAAACAUUCCAUAAUCCACAGAGGAGAAGAUAAGAAGAACGUCCGGCAAUCGAACGGCUGCAAAGAAAGGAUGGUCCACCAUCACCACCGUUGCCAUCAGGCCCAAAAGGAAGAAGACCCAACAUCCCACACGGUCCUUGUUGUGGACUUCGGGAACGCCAGUUACAAGAGAACAAGGCCCAAACUCAUCCGUCUCCUCUUCUUCUUUUGCCUCUUCUCUUGCAGCCUCGUCUUCGCUCCUCGCCUCUUCAACUCCUACUCUUCUCUCCCUUUCUUCUAUUCUUUGGAAACACAGAGCUUGCAAGAAAAUGGAGUGUUCCUUGCUUCAGAAGAAAAGAGAAACGCCCCCAUCUGCUCUUCUAUCUCCCAUGGUGAAAUUUGCUGUGACAGAAGUGGUUUUCGCUCUGAUGUUUGUUUCAUGAAAGGCGAUGUUAGAACUCAUUCUCCAACAUCCUCCAUUUUCCUCUACUCUUCCAGUAACAAUGCAACCAUGAAUUCCCAAGAAGAAUCAGAAGAAAAGAUCGAACGGGUCAAGCCUUAUACUCGGAAAUGGGAGACGAGCAUCAUGGACACUAUUGAUGAGCUCCGUCUGAUAUCUAGAAAUGGUAAUGAAGGUGAUGAUCUUCAUUCUUGCCAAGUGAGUCACUCGGUUCCGGCGAUCUUCUUCUCUACUGGAGGAUACACUGGCAAUGUCUACCAUGAAUUCAAUGAUGGCAUCCUCCCUCUCUACAUCACUUCGAAGAAAUUCAAUCGGAAAGUGGUCUUCGUCAUGCUCGAGUACCACAAUUGGUGGAUUACCAAAUACGGCGACAUCCUUUCCCGUCUGUCUGACUACCCUCCGAUUGAUUUCACCCACGAUAAGACUGUCCAUUGCUUUCCCGAAGCGAUCGUCGGUCUCAGAAUCCACAACGAGCUUACCGUGGAUUCUUCACUGAUGCCUGACAACCAGACAAUUCAAGAUUUCCGCCAACUGCUCGAUGAGGCCUAUAAGCCGCGGAUCAGAGGAUUAAUCCAAGAAGAGGAAUCGCAAGCAAAAGAACCGUCCACCAAAGAAGAGGAGAGGAAGUUUGAGAAGAGGCCAAAGCUUGUGAUCCUAUCACGAAAUGGGUCGCGGGCGAUCAUUAACGAGAGGGAUGUGGUAGGAUUGGCAGAGGAGAUCGGGUUCCGAGUGGAAGUGCUCCAGCCCACACCUUCAACAGAGCUAGCGAAGAUUUACCGAGCACUUAACUCAUGUGAGGUGAUGGUUGGUGUCCACGGCGCUGCGAUGACACAUUUUCUAUUCAUGAGGCCUGGAUCGGUGUUUGUUCAAGUGGUCCCACUUGGGACUGAAUGGGCUGCUCAGACAUACUAUGGGGACCCAGCGAUGAAGCUCGGUCUGAAGUACAUUGGCUAUGGAAUAACUCCGAAGGAGAGUACAUUGUAUGGGGAAUACAAGAAGGAUGAUCCAGUGCUUAGAGAUCCAAGGAGCGUGAAUGCAAAGGGAUGGCAAUGGACGAAGAGAGUGUAUUUGGAUGGGCAGAACGUGAAGUUGGAUUUGAGGAGAUUUCGAAAGCGGUUGGUUCAGGCAUAUGAGCAUUCCAUUUUGAAAAGAGGAAGGUGGAGAGAUCGCCGUCAACAAUGGUAGUGGCAUACUACGUCCACUCACUUCGUUGCUGUUGAAUUCUUUGAGGAGAUUUCUUGUAAAUUCGUAAAUAGACUCUCUGCAGUUGGAGAAGAUAUUGAGAGAAUUGAAGAGAGGUAAUGUGUUGUUUGUGUAUAGAAGAAUUCAACAUUUUUUUGUUUUACUUU